GGAGAUCUGUACACAAGCGCAUCUUCAAACAUGGCGUCCGCUACAUCGGGAUUCGGCUUGUGCCUGCCAUUGACAUCUUUUCUGUUGAUUCUACUGCUGUGUGUGCAGUCAGGAGGGAGUCAGAAGAAAAAAGAGAACAUGCUGGCGGAGAAGGUGGAGCAGAUGAUGGAGUGGAGCUCCCGCCGGUCCGUGGUCCGCAUGAACGGCGACAAGUUCCGCCGCUUCGUCAAGGCGCCGCCCCGGAACUACUCUGUCAUCGUGAUGUUCACCGCCCUGCAGCCCCAGCGGCAGUGCUCCGUCUGCAGGCAGGCUAACGAAGAGUACCAGGUGCUGGCUAACUCCUGGCGCUACUCCUCGGCCUUCUCCAACAAGCUCUUCUUCACCGUGGUGGACUACGACGAAGGGGCGGACGUCUUCCAGCAGCUGAACAUGAACUCCGCCCCCACCUUCAUGCACUUCCCCCCGAAGGGGAAGCCCAAGAGGGCGGACACCUUCGACCUGCAGCGGAUCGGCUUCGCCUCCGAGCAGCUGGCCAAGUGGAUCGCCGACAGAACCGACGUGCAGAUCCGGGUGUUCCGUCCGCCCAACUACUCGGGCACCAUCGCCCUGGCCCUGCUGGUGUCGCUGGUGGGCGGGCUGCUCUACCUGAGGAGGAACAACCUGGAGUUCAUCUACAACAAGACCGGCUGGGCCAUGGCUGCUCUGUGCGUGGUGUUCGCCAUGACCUCUGGCCAGAUGUGGAACCACAUCCGCGGACCGCCGUACGCUCACAAGAACCCGCAGAACGGGCAGGUGAGCUACAUCCAUGGAAGCAGCCAGGCCCAGUUUGUGGCAGAGUCCCACAUCAUCCUCCUACUGAAUGCUGCCAUCACCAUGGGGAUGGUCCUGCUGAAUGAAGCUGCAACCUCCAAAGGCGACGUGGGAAAGAGAAGAAUUCUUUGCCUGGUUGGGCUUGGUUUAGUGGUGUUCUUCUUUAGCUUCCUGCUCUCCAUCUUCAGAUCCAAAUACCACGGUUACCCAUACAGCUUCCUCAUCAAGUGAGAGCCAGUCGUUUCCCCACCUGACGAAGAAGACUUUCGGUUACCAUGCCGACUGAGUUUGCACGCGCCCUUCAUAAGACGUUGCAUCAUUCGGUAAAAACAGU